AUAGCAACGAAAACAGCGGUUUGUCUUCACAAUGGCCGAGGUGGAGGAGACUAUUAAAAGGAUUCAGUCUCAGAAAGGAGUACAGGGAAUCAUCAUUGUUAAUGCAGAAGGAAUCCCCAUUAAAAGCACUCUUGACAACACGAGCACAGUUCAGUAUGCUGCUAACAUCCAUCAGCUGCUCAUGAAGGCCCGGGGAAUAGUGAGGGACAUCGACCCUCAGAAUGAUCUCACCUUUCUACGAGUUCGAUCAAAGAAGAAUGAGAUCAUGAUUGCACCAGACAAGGACUAUUUCCUGAUCGUCAUUCAAAAUCCCACAGAGUAGUCCUUCUAAGUACUUCUGAAGUAUUUUUUUUUUCUGUAAUUACAGGCCAAAAGUGUUUCAUUUAAUGUUUCAGUGAGGUUUAUAUAGUACUAUUAACCACAUAACAUUACAGGAAGUUGCUUCUUAUCCUAUUAUAAAAAUAUGGUUUGUACUGCUCUUGCUUAUCAUUCCAAUAGUUUGCCAUAUACUUAAUUUAUUGUUUUCUCAUUCUCAUUUUUGCAAGUACUCCAAACUGUUCAUCAUCAAAAAGCAAAAACAUGACACUAUUACAUACUGUACUUGUUUGUGAAUGCUAACAGGACAAUAAAACAACAAUGCAUUUCCUUUUA